AUGAGUCUUCAACACAUUAUCAACCUCAACAACUACAUGGUAUUUCUGCUGGAAUCCAAACAGUCGAGUUGGGCUGUUAAAAAUGGAGUGCAUGCCAUGGAGCUGAUGGAUCAGCUCAACGAGGACCAACAUCUCACUCUUGCUAGCCAAUCAUCAUUAUCCGUGCCAUGCAAACAAGAAGAUGCUCACGAUAUUGAUCACUAUAUGCAUUACAUGGAGCACAGUGAUCUCUAUGACUGGGACGAGCCCAGUGAUGACUAUGUUUAUGAGCGCGGUGUCACUCUACCAUCAACAGUCACUGACUUCAAAUGUAUCAUCGCAGUUCUCAUCUUCAACUUGGCCUUGUCCCAUCAGCUCUCAGCGUCCACAAGGCACCAACACGAUGACCUACGUCAAAAACUUCUGCACAAAGCCAAACGUCUGUAUGAGCUUGCGCUCCGAGAACAAAUCGUAGACCACUCUACUGCGUUCAAAUUCGCCGCCGUCAACAAUGUUGCAGUCAUUUACAGAAUGAUGGGCGAUGAUGAAACGUCACAAAAAUAUUUGGAUUAUUUGGUGUCUCUUCGGAUGCAUGUUGUAAGCGUUGGGGAUUGCCCACAAUUGCAACAAAUGAACGGCUUCUGGAGAAACGUAUUUGGUAAAGGAAUAUCCAUUGCUCCUGCUGCAUGA